AUGACCCCGGAAACCCCUACGCAGCACGAGCUCGAAGUGUUUCUCGACAAGCUCCGCUUGGCCAAGGCCAAGAGCAACUUGACGUUUGCCGACCUUGCUGAAAAGCUCGAGCGUGACGAGCUCUACGUCGCGGCCAUCUUCUAUGGCCAAGCGAAGCCCGAGAAAAAGGAUCUUGACAAGAUUAACGAGGCCCUUAGCAUCAAUUGGACCGAGAACUAUCUCGGCAAGGAUUACUUCCCUACCCGUGCCGGCCUUGACAAAAUCCCCCCCGAGGACCCUGUCCUGUAUCGUCUGUACGAGGCUCUCAUGGUGUACGGCCGCCCGAUCAAGCACAUUAUUAACGAAAAGUUCGGUGAUGGUAUCAUGAGCGCCAUCGACUUCCGUGGCCACGUCGAGCGUGUAGAGGACCCCAACGGCCCUCGCGUCAAGAUCACGCUGGACGGAAAGUUCCUGCCCUACCGUCGCUGGUAA